AUGUCCGAAGGAAGGCGCAGCAACGAAUCAAGCUCCAGCUCCUUGAUCAGUUAUCACAGCGUCGAGAGACCGAAUGCAGACUUCGACGUUGAGAAAAGACAUGAUCUCACCCCCGAAAGUGAUUCCUCACCCAGUGGUCACCGUACUCAUCGCGUUCACUUCGGGGCGGAUCGCAGGUUCGAAUAUGGGAUCUGGGAUGCAGACGAACGCGUUCUCUCACCUGGUACAUCUCACCUUCGACGCCGUUCAUCUACUCAAGCAUCAGUCGACAUAACCGAUGUAUCCCACAGAGGCCCACAGUUUACCAGUACAAAUGGCCGGGAGGAAGAGAAUGAGAAGAAGCAGCAACAGACCACGACGAGUGAAAAAAGACCCAGACGCGAACGUCUGAAAGCGUUCAGAGACUCGAUCAAGGAAAAAGCAGCGAGCCUUGCUGCUCGUCUCGGUCGUCCAGACGAUAUUAACGAAGAUGACCUACAGCCCAUCGACCAGCGACGUCGCGACGCCGAAACUGACCUGCAUCUCAGAGAAGAAGAUCAAAACCAAACCUGUAGCACCGAGGCGCAUCGAAUAGUCCGCGACCUGGCACAUGAAGCUUCCGGCCGUCGUCCGAGUGCUCGUAGGGACUCGGCUUUGCAUCGUGCUGCUGGAGUUUCUGCCCAGGAUGAGGACUCUGGAAAUGAAGCUAUACCUCGCCGCAGUUCGGGAUCGGGAGGCGUUCUAUCUCAGCUACUCAGACUUAGCGGUGGUUGGGACCAAUUUCACAAAGGAGCGCGCGGGCUCCACCUCGCCAGUGACACGUUCUACCCCUUCGGUGGAAGCACUCCGGGCACUACGACUCCACGAAAGGAAAAAGUCCGAUGGUACAAGAAGCCUGGCAACGUAUCAACAUCAACCUUAGUUGGAGGCGGCAGUGCUAGCGGUGCAAGUACACCUGUUACCGGCGAGCUUCUAAGCGCUGCAUCUAGACGACGAGACAAGAGUCGAAGGCACAGCAUGAGACUAGAAGAGGAGAUCCAAGUAACCCUUCAGAUUGCCGAGAUCAUUGCCCGACAAAGAUACAUCAUGCAACUGUGCAAGGCUUUAAUGAGAUUCGGAGCUCCAACCCAUCGCCUCGAGGAAUACAUGCGCAUGACGGCCAAAGUACUAGACGUUGACAGCCAGUUCCUCUAUGUCCCAGGAUGCAUGAUCAUGUCAUUCGAUGACUCCAGCACUCGAACCACAGAAGUCAAACUGGUCCGAGUCGUGCAAGGCGUUGACCUAGGAAGACUAGCAGAUACCCACAACGUAUACAAGAACGUCAUCCACGACAUGAUAGGGAUCGAAGAAGCGGGAAAUGAACUAGAAGAACUAAUGGCAAAGAAGCCCCGAUUCAACCGAUACUUCAUCGUCCUAAUCUACGGUCUAGCCACUGCCAUGGUAGGCCCAUUCGCAUUCGACGCACGACCGAUCGACAUGCCAAUAAUCUUCUUCAACGGCUGUCUCCUAGGCUGCAUGCAGCACAUCCUCGCCCCACGCUCAGUCCUAUACUCCAACGUCUUCGAAGUGACCGCCGCCGUCCUCACCUCCUUCCUCGCCCGGGCCUUCGGCAGUAUCAAAUCAUCCUCCUUCACCAACGGAUCCAACGACUACAUAUUCUGCUUUUCCGCAAUCGCCCAAUCCUCCAUCGCACUCAUCCUCCCCGGCUACACCGUCCUCUGCAGCAGCCUAGAGCUCCAAUCCCAACAAAUCGUCGCCGGCUCCAUCCGCAUGGUCUACGCCAUCAUCUACUCCCUCUUCCUCGGCUACGGCGUCACCGUCGGCACGACCAUCUACGGCCUAAUCGACAAGAACGCAACUUCAAAUCUAACAUGCCCGACAACCGGAGGCUUCGGCAACCCCUACGCACAACGAUUCCCCUUCGUCGCCGCCUUCUCCCUCUGCCUCCUAAUCGUCAAUCAAGGCAAAUGGAAACAAUCCCCCAUCAUGAUCGCCAUCUCCGUAGCCGGCUACGUAACCAACUACUUCGUCAGCUCGCGUCUAGGAAACAACUCCCAAGUAGCCAACACCGUCGGCGCCUUCACCGUGGGAGUGAUGGGUAACCUAUACAGUCGACUCUGGCACGGACACGCCGCUGCAGCUAUUCUACCGGCGAUCUUCGUCCUCGUGCCCUCCGGUCUAGCGGCGACAGGGAACCUGAUUGCAGGCGUCGACACGGCGGAUGAGAUCCGGUCGAAUGUUACGAAGAACGCAACGGGGAGUUCGACUACAUCUAGCUCAUCGUCUAGCGAUAUGUCAACGAAUAUUCUGGGAUUUGGUAUGAUUCAAGUCGCCAUUGGCAUUACGGUUGGGUUAUUUGUCGCUGCGUUGGUGGUUUAUCCGUUUGGAAAGCGGAGAAGUGGGCUUUUUAGCUUCUAG